CCAGCGUACUACGUCAGAACGUUCGUGAGUCGAUAAAUUACAACAUGGAGGAUUUGGUAGCUGUCGAAAAGAGCCCGGAAGAAAUGCCGGCAAUUAUAAGCUCCAGGCCUCAGACAGGUCUAUCCUUUCUGGCACCAGAACCAGAAGACCUGGAGGACCUCUAUACCAGAUACAAGAAGCUGCAGCAGGAGCUGGAGUUCCUGGAGGUGCAGGAGGAGUACAUCAAAGAUGAGCAGAAGAACCUGAAGAAGGAGUUCCUGCACGCUCAGGAGGAGGUGAAGAGGAUACAGAGCAUCCCUCUAGUCAUUGGCCAGUUCCUGGAGGCCGUUGACCAGAACACUGCUAUUGUUGGCUCCACCACAGGCUCCAACUACUACGUGCGCAUCCUGAGCACCAUCGACAGGGAGCUGCUGAAGCCCAACGCCUCGGUGGCUCUUCACAAGCACAGCAACGCGCUGGUGGACGUCCUGCCUCCCGAAGCGGACAGCAGCAUCAUGAUGCUGACGUCAGACCAGAAGCCAGAUGUGAUGUACGCCGACAUCGGUGGUAUGGACAUUCAGAAACAGGAAGUCAGAGAAGCUGUGGAACUGCCUCUCACACACUUUGAGCUCUAUAAACAGAUUGGGAUCGACCCACCGAGGGGUGUCCUCAUGUAUGGACCGCCAGGCUGCGGGAAGACCAUGUUGGCCAAGGCUGUGGCUCAUCAUACAACAGCGGCUUUCAUCCGUGUGGUGGGCUCCGAGUUUGUUCAGAAAUAUUUGGGUGAAGGUCCUCGAAUGGUUCGCGACGUCUUCCGACUGGCAAAGGAAAAUGCUCCCGCCAUCAUCUUCAUCGAUGAGAUUGACGCUAUCGCCACGAAGCGUUUUGAUGCUCAGACCGGAGCUGACAGGGAGGUGCAGAGAAUCCUGCUCGAGCUGCUAAAUCAGAUGGACGGCUUCGACCAGAACGUCAAUGUCAAGGUGAUCAUGGCUACCAACAGAGCCGACACCCUGGACCCGGCCCUGCUCCGUCCCGGCCGUCUGGACAGAAAGAUCGAGUUCCCGCUUCCCGACCGCAGGCAGAAACGUCUCAUCUUCUCCACCAUCACCAGUAAAAUGAACCUCUCUGAGGAGGUGGACCUGGAGGACUGUAUCCUUCAUUCAGCAACAUGUUCAUGUGAUGUGUGUGUGUUUAAACUGUCAGGGUGUGUGUUGUCUGAUAUCACCUCCUGCUACGUUUCUGUGCAGGAUGUUUGUUCAUGUGCGGCUGUGUGGAUGCUGUGACCUCCAUCAUGGUGAUUGACCUCCUGACGGAGUUCCUCUGGAGAACGUUUGUUAGUUGACGACUUUGGUUUGUUUCCACCACAAUGUUGCUGCUACAAAACUGUUUGCCUCCACUUUGAUGGAGAACUCUGGGAAAGAUCCGUGGACAGACGUUUAUCUUGCACACGUCCCCAUGCUGAUAAUCGGAAGGAUGGGAAUAAAUUUGAUGACAGUUGUAUCAGGUAACACAGAGGAACGCUUUGAUUGGUCAAAGUUUCAAACAGAAUUUAGCUGCGAUCACAACAUUCCUGAACGGACUUAAAGAUGGAGACUUUAAAUGGUGCUAAAAUCAAUGUGGCUCGAGGAGCCGUUCCUUUCAAAGAGCCAUUCCAAAG